AAGUUGAUUUUUUAAAAAAACAUUAAUUUUCAUCACAAAUUAACAUUUAUAUAUAUAUAUAAAAUUAAAAAUAUAAAUUGAUAUAUACCGAAAAUGGUAAAAGUUUGGAGAUUGGGUUUAAUGAGCUAUGAUACCGCUUUUAAAAUACAAACGGCUAUAGCUAGAAAACAUUUUGAUUCCAUGAUAAAAGGAAUGGAUGCUAAUUACGAUACCUUACUCCUUGUGGAACAUAAACCAGUUUACACAGUUGGUAUAAGAGAUGAUACAUCAAAUGAUGAAAUAAACAGGCUAAAAGAUUUAGGUGCAGAAUUUCGUAAAACAAAUCGUGGAGGUCUUAUAACAUUUCAUGGUCCUGGACAGCUAGUUGCAUAUCCUAUAAUAAAUUUAAAACACUAUAAAACUAGUGUUAAGUGGUAUGUGCAAAAUUUGGAACAGACAAUCAUCAACUUAUGUGAUGAAUUAGGAGUUAAAGCAAGCCGGUCUCCACACACUGGAGUAUGGAUUGAAGACAACAAAGUGGCCGCUAUUGGCAUCCACGCAUCCAGAUAUGUAACUAGUCAUGGUAUCUCACUAAACUGUGAUAAUGACUUGUCCUGGUUUGAACACAUUGUGCCCUGUGGCAUAGAAGACAAGGGUGUCACUUCUCUUACCAAUGAAACUGGGCUCAAAUGUUCCAUAGAGACAAUAACUCCACUAUUUUUAAAGCAUUUUGAAAAAGUUUUUGAGUGCAAAACAGAAGAUGUUCCUAGUAAUUACCAAGAAGAUAUUUUAAGUAAUAUUUAUAGCAACCUUUUGACUUCAACUUCUUAAGUAAGUUUUUUAGGCCAAAUUGAAAUUUUAUAAUUUAUUGCUGUUUAUUGCGGUUGUUACAAUGUGAUGAAAUAAAAAAAAAUAAAAAAU